AAAACAGAAGAAGAAAAAAAUGAAAAAACUGGAGAAAACGAAUCGCCGUGAUGGCAGCAGGGUUAGUUUUGGCAUAUUACACAAAAAUCGUUUCAUUACACACACGACCUUUCCCCCUUCUCCCCCUCCUCUCUCUCUUCUUCUCUUAACCUUCUUCAACCAAACUCACCUCUUUUCACAAUCAAAUCUCCCAAUAUAUCAAUAUCAAAUCAAUAUCAAAUCCCUCUAUUCUUUUCAAAACCCUAAUCUCUCUCUCUAUCUCUCUUAUUUCCUAUUUUCUCUCUUUCUAUUUCAAUAAACAAUCCCUAAUAAAAAACUUGAAUCCUUUUCAUCUUUUUUUACCCUUUGAUUUGGGGUUUCUAUUAUUGUUCAUUGAUUGUUCAAUUAUAUGGCGAAAGGAACCGACUCGGAUGAGUUUAUGAUGCUUUCUAGGGUUCGUUCUGGUCUCAAAAGAGAGUUUGCAUUCGCUAUGAAAGCACAAUCUGAAAUGGAUGGUUCAUUAGGUCGAACCCGGGCUAGUAAGAACCGGAAUGAGACUCCGGUUCAGACAUCUCCGUCUGGGAAACGGUUCAGAAAGUCCGGUCCAUCGAAGAAUGAUGAAGAUGUUGAUGUUUGUGGUGUUAUGAGCGAGGAAGAGGCUAAGAGUGAUGUUGUUGAUCUUGCUAGCGAUGAUGAACCUAAGAAUCAUGUUGGAGAAGAAUCAAAAUCUGUUUUUCUUGAUGAGGCAAAUGUGAAGAGUGAUGUUGUGAUUGAUGAAGAAGCUCGUUUUAAGGAAGAAGAAGUUAUGAAUGAAAUAGAAAUAGAAACUGCAAAAACUUGUGUUAUCAAAACCAAAGAUGAAACUAUAGAGGAAAAGGAAACCCUUAAUGUUGAAGAAACCAAAGAGGUAAAAGAUACCCUUAAGGUCGAAGAAGCCAAAAAAGAGAAAGUUAAGAAAAAGAAGGUGAAGGUGCAUUUAGAUAAAUCAAUGAGAAGGUUUACAAGAUCAGCAUUGAAACAAAAAGACGACGAAACUAAGAUGUUGAGUAAUGGGGAAAGAGAUAAUGUUGUUGGAGUAGAUGUUAAUGUUGAAAAGGAAAAUGUAGGUACACCAUUUUUAGGAACUCCAACUCCUAUGAAAUUGACUAAGUCUGCUUUGAAAAGGUUCCCUGUUAAGCUUAAGGAUCUUCUUGCGACGGGGAUUCUUGAGGGGUUGCCAGUGAAAUAUAUAAGGGGAUUGAAGGCGCGGAGACCUGGAGAAACAGAGGUACGAGGGGUGAUUAAAGAUGCUGGGGUUUUGUGCUUUUGUGAGGUUUGUAAGGGGAUUAAGGUUGUCACACCAACUGUUUUUGAGUUGCAUGCUGGUAGUGCUAAUAAGCGUCCACCGGAAUAUACUUACAUUGAGAAUGGAAAAACCCUUCGUGAUGUCAUGAAUGCCUGUGUGAGUGUUCCAUUGGAUACAUUGGACGAAGUUGUCCAAAAGGUUCUUGGUGACUUCACUAUGCAGAAAUCUAAUAUCUGUUUCAAUUGCAGAGGGUCAAUUUCUAAAUCUAGUGAGGGUGUGUCAAAACUAGUAUGCAAUUUGUGCAUGGAGUUGAAAGAGACUCAAGAUAACCACCUUCAAACAGAAGCAACAUGCAGUAAAAGUAUUACCCCAGUAGUUCAACCCAGAUUGCCUGAAACAGCUGUGACGCCGAAGUCAUUAAAAACUGAUAUGGUGGAUCUGAAGUCAUUAAACACUGAAAUGGUGGUUCCAGAGUCAUUGAACACAGAGAUGGUUGUUCCAGAGUCAUCAAACACUGAGAUGGUGGUUCCAGAGUCAUUAAACACACAGAUGGUUCCAAAGGCACUGAACAAUGGGAUGAAGCAGAGUGCAUCUCGUGGUAAGAGUCAGGGGAGAAUAACUAGAAAGGAUCUACGCUUGCAUAAGUUGGUAUUUGAAGAAGAUGUGUUACCAGAUGGAACUGAAGUAGCUUAUUAUUCUCACGGAAAGAAACUAUUGGUCGGUUACAAAAAGGGAUAUGGAAUUUAUUGUACGUGUUGUGACUCAGAGGUUAGUGCCUCACAGUUUGAAGCUCAUGCUGGCUGGGCAUCUCGACGCAAGCCUUACCUGCACAUAUAUACAUCUAAUGGAGUCUCACUACAUGAGUUGUCCCUCUCUCUAUCGAAAGAUCGGAGAUUUUCUGCCAGUGAUAAUGACGAUCUUUGUAGCAUAUGUCAAGAUGGAGGGGAUCUUUUGUGUUGUGAUGGAUGCCCAAGAGCUUUUCACAUAGAUUGUGUUCCUCUACCAUGCAUUCCCGAAGAUACUUGGUAUUGUAAAUAUUGCCAGAAUAAUUUCCUGAUGGAGAGUAAUGUGGAACGUAAUGUGAAUGCUCUGGCAGCUGGAAGGAUUGCAGGCAUUGAUCCUUUAGAACAGAUAAACCGAAGAUGCAUUCGCAUUGUCAAAAGUGUAGCGGUCGACCAUGGUGGAUGCGCCCUGUGCGGAUGUCAUGAUUUCGUUAAAUUAUUUGGUCCUCGGACAGUAAUUAUUUGUGAUCAGUGUGAGAAGGAAUAUCAUGUUGGAUGUUUGAAGGAUCAUAACAUGCAGAAUCUAGAGGAAUUGCCGGAAGGGAAUUGGUUCUGCAGCACAAGUUGUAGUCAAAUUCAUUCUGCUUUAGUGAAUUUGGUUGCUUCUGGGGAGAAUAAUCUCCCAGAUUCUAUUCUAAGUUUGAUUAAAAAGAAGAAUGAAGAGAAAGAGAAAGAGAAAGAGAAAGAGAAAGAUUUAGACACCGAUGUUGCUCCCAAAAUUAAAUGGAGGGUUUUGAAUUGGAAAUUAGUUGCAUCUGAUGAAAAUAAGCAAUUGUCUGAUGAAUAUAGGCAAGUGCUUUCGAAGGCUGUUUCCAUCUUCCAUGAGAGGUUUGAUCCUAUAGUUGAUUCUUCCUCUGGCCGUGAUUUCAUUCCAACAAUGCUGUUUGGAAAGAACAUCCGCGGACAAGAUUUUGCUGGAAUGUACUGCGCAGUGCUUACUGUCAACCAAGUUGUUGUUUCUGCGGGAGUAUUUCGUGUCUUUGGACCAGAUGUAGCAGAACUUCCGUUGGUUGCGACAGUGGCUGAAUACCAAGGACAGGGUUACUUCCAAUGCUUGUUUUCUUGCAUCGAGAGACUACUUGGAUCCCUAAGCGUACGAAACCUUGUCCUACCGGCUGCUGAUGAAGCUGAAUCAAUAUGGACUAACAAAUUUGGGUUUACAAAGCUGGAGCACGAGGAGAUAAACAGUUAUAAGAAAUUUUAUCAUAUGAUGAUCUUUCAAGGGACCUCAGUACUACAGAAGCCUGUUGCUGCGCCAUUGAUUACUUCUCAGGAGUCGGUGUAAAGUUUUUAGAGACCCUUGAAUGCAAUGACCUUUGUUUAGGGAUUUUGUGGCUGUACAGAAAAAAAAACAGAUUCGCUUCUUGCUGAUGCAAUUUUUUUGUAGCAAAGAAAUGAAGUGAGAUUAGAAUUGAAAAUUGAGGAAACUAGGACAUGAGAUGGAUGUUGAGAAACUAGCCAAUUUUUUUGUUAACAUGAUUCUGUUUUGAAUCUAUAUAUUUUGGCUUAUGCUCAUGUUGAACAUUAUUUAUUGUACCCUUUGGCAUCGGUUCAGUAAAUUCUUCACUUAAGUUUCAUUUACUUA